AUGUGGAGUUCAACAAUCUAUAUUUUACUUUUUUUAUCAAUUUUUGUGGAUAAAAUUCAACCUGAAGUUCCACAAUUAUUUGAUUAUUUAAAUGGAUUUUAUUUGGAUUGUUAUGAAUGUCAUAGUAAUCGACCUGGUUGUGGUGAAAAACUCGAUUGGAUAUUAAUGCGUUGGAAACGUUGUAUUGCACCAGGUGGAAGUAAAUGUGUUAAAAUAAUCGAACGUUCACCCGAUGGUGAAAUUAAUUAUAUACGUGGUUGUAUUAAUCAAAUUGAAGCUCUUCGACCUGAAAUGCCAACUGUAAGAGAAAAUGGAUGUUGGGCAGCAAGUGAUAAAUAUAUUGGUCUAGCUUAUCGACCUUGGUAUGUUCAAACAGAUGAACCCGUCUAUUGUUUUUGUGAUGAACGUGAUGGAUGUAAUACAGCUGUACGAUCUUUGAUAAAUUAUAUAUUCGUUUUAUUCUUAUGUUUUAUAUCAUUCUUUGCACAUUCCAUUGUUUAG